ACAAAUAUAUAGUUAUAGUCUAGCCGAUAUAUGAGGAGAAGAGGGAGGGAGAAGAGGAGGAAUCAUCGAGAUAUAUCCGCGUAGUACAAACGUAGCAAGAAGAAGAAGAAGAAGAGAAAAGAUAUUCAAUUAAAAUUCAACACACACACACACACACACACUCGUCGUAUGUCAAUCGUAUCGAUACGUAUCGUAGCUGUAAAACAACUUCCAAAUACUUCGAUAAUAUCAACGAUAAUCCGUGUGAUCGAGAAGCAAUAAAAGGAUACCAAAAAAAAAAAAAAAAAAAAGAGAAAAAAGAAUCUCAAAUUCGUAUUCGUAAGUAUAUCCGUAAGAGAAUCGUGUUUAUAUUUCGCUCGGCUGUGGUUUGUGUCUAUCGAAAAAAAAAAAAAAAAGAAGAAAAAAGAAAAGUCGUGCUCGAAUCUCGAAGCUGAUCGAACGAGGGGAAAGUGCGUGGACACGAUGGCGUUCGCUGCGGCGAGAAUGAUCCUGAAAGACAAGAGGCGGAAGACCAGCAAGGAGGAUUUCGGAGGACCAAGGAAUAGGAGCAAGGCUCGCAACAAACCAGCAGAUGGAGUGGGCCACGUGAACCAAAAGGGCUCGACAGGUCAAAAAGCGCCGCUGACUCCCGGGCAGAAGGUGGCGCCCGGCGCGAAAGUUGCAGCGAAACCAGCUCAGAAACCCACUGCUCAGAAGGGACAAGUUAAGGUUACGCCUAAGGCGGCUUCCGUCAAGACUGGCAAGAACAAGAAGAAGGGGCAGAGGCAGCAGUACGAUCUAAUCGUAACCAUCAAUUUGUCUGAAUAUGGACUCACGGAGGAUCAAGUGGCCGAAUUCAAGGAGGCGUUCAUGCUGUUCGACAAGGACGAGGACGGCACCAUCACGAUGGCGGAGCUCGGCGUGGUGAUGCGAUCUUUGGGGCAAAGGCCGUCCGAAACGGAAUUGCGAGAUAUGGUGAACGAGGUGGAUCAGGAUGGGAACGGUACCAUCGAGUUCAAUGAGUUCUUGCAAAUGAUGUCGAAAAAGAUGAAAGGUGCCGAUGGAGAGGACGAGUUGCGCGAGGCGUUCAGAGUGUUCGACAAGAACAAGGACGGCCUGAUCUCGUCGAAGGAGUUGCGACACGUGAUGACGAACCUUGGGGAGAAAUUGUCGGAGGAGGAGGUGGACGAUAUGAUCAAGGAGGCGGAUUUGGAUGGCGAUGGAAUGGUGAAUUAUGAGGAAUUCGUGACAAUCCUGACGUCGAAGAAUUAGUUCAGUGGCCACGGGUCGAACUAGAAGCUAUCCAGCUGCCGGAAGUCUUCGUCGAAGAACAGAAAUCAAACCCAAAUCGUCAAGUUCCUCUCCAAAUAUCGUAGCAAGAUGGGAACCCCCUUCCCUCGAACCCCAUCAUCGAGAAACACCGAUGAAAAAAGUAGUAAGCGAAAGUAAGAGGGUGGAAAAUCUAAGAAAUCUUGGAAAACCUUGGAAAAGUCGAAGAAAAUAAAAGAACCGCUAUAUCCAAGAGGAUCGAUCGUUCGACGGAUUUAUGACUCGCGUAAGGGUAAGUGGUUAUCGAAAGACUGGUAUUUGGGAUCGUGUCUCGAGCGGUGGGGUGACGGGCGAUGGGAUGCUAGCUUAAGUUGAAAAAAAGAGAAAGAUAGGAAAGAUAGGUGAGGGUGACUUCCGCAGUUGCACACGCAUACACGCAUACACACCUCGCUCCUUCGAAUUAAUU